UGGAGGGAACAACUUUUUGAUUUUGUUUUGCGGUUGGAAUUAAAUAGUUUAGUCCAAUAUUUAGCUAAAUAUUCAAGGUCAUGAGCCAAGUAGCUUCUGCGACCAAGUGGCGCACUUCGGCCAGUAUAAUCCUGGUAACUAGGGAUGCUGUCAAAAGCGAGGAGUACAAGUUGCUAAUGCUAAAAAGAAGCGAUGCCACAGCCGUCAUGGUCAACCAAACUGUAUUUCCCGGUGGCCUUCUGGAUACCGAAGCGGAUGAGAACGUGGCCUGGCUACAGUACCUCGAAGAGUUUGGUGUCCCGCAGGAGGCACUGCGUCGCCUAGUGCUCAUCCGCGACGAUCGUCCUGCCAUCCUGGCACCACAGGGAACCGGUUGCUACGAUCGGUUCUUCAAGCGCUCCCGCAUUUGGGCGCGGGAGAUUACGCUACGACUCACUGCCGUGAGGGAGUGUUUCGAGGAGGUCGGACUACUGCUUUGUCGCAGUCGAAGUCAGCUGGAUUUCGGUGCAGUUUCUUGCGUGCAGGAUGUUCCUGAUCUGGAAGCGUGGCAGCGUAGAGUGCACGACAAGCCCAGUGAGUUCUUGACCCUUUGCCGAGAGCUAAAAGUGGUGCCGGAUUUGUGGGCACUACACGAGUGGUCUGCUUGGGCGAGUCCGACAUUCAUGCGGAAGGGCUAUGAAACUGUUUUCUUUAUGGCUUUUGUGGACAAGCAACCAAAACUACUCGAGGAACCUUCUGAGGUCAAGGAGACGCUAUGGCUGACGCCAGUGGAACUUCUGCGACUGGUUGAUCUAGGAGAAGUUUGGUUCCUGCCUCCACAGGUCUAUGAAUUGUCUCGGUUAAUGGGAAUCAAGGAAUACCAAGGUCUGCUGGAUUUUGCCAUAAAACGAAGUGCAUUAGGCACGACGAUGUUCUUGCCAGUCUCUUAUGACUGCAAGGGUUCAAUGGUUUUUGUCCUACCUGGUGAUGACUUCUAUGUUCCAGAACCAAAUUUGAUUAGUGAAAUCAUCAGUUUUCCCGGCUCCGAAGAUGAGUUUAGAUCUCGUUCAAAGCACCUGCAUCGCUAUACUUAUGGGCCUUCAAUUCGUAGCCUGGAGUUGAAUAUUCCUCCGCCCAAUGGACACUUGAGACCACUAAAAUUCCAUCAGGAGCGCCAAAAGCUAUAAUUACAUUCCAUAGCUGGCUGGCCUUUCAACGGGAGCGGUGACCGCAGCUGCUAAGCUCUGAUAAGAUGCUAAAUGUGACCUCUGAAAUGACUGGGUCACAAAUUGUUGUUUUGAAAUUAUUUUAAGCGGCUUUAGCCGGCCAUCAAAUUAUCAAGACGCUGGCUCUAAAGAGCAUUAAUUAUUAUUUUAUAGGCGAAAUUUUAAUUAAAAAAUAUACAAUUUAA